GUUGGCUGACAUCCUCGUCAUCCCUUCCUAAACCCCCUUCCCUCUAUCCUUUCCACUGCUAAAGCUAAACCCUCUCUCUCUCUCUCUCACACACACACACACACACAGAGUAAGUAUGCCUCUUGCUUUUCUCUCUCUCCCACCAUUCCCUCCACCACCACCCAUCUCUUUCCACCCCAAGUUCAGACCCACCUCAUUCAACUGCCUCUUGAAGCCACCCCUUCUUUCCACUACGACCGCCUUAUCCGCCAUAGGUCCUGAUGGAAAAUACUAUCCAACCCCAGCGGACGACGACCCCCCUGAAGCUCCGGAGGACUCCAUGCAUGGUGUCAACAAGUUCCAGCAAAUUCAGCGCCAGGCAGCCCGGGCUCGCAAGAUUCAAGAAGAAGAAUACAAGAAAGACCAGCCCAUUUUCAUCAAAGCCCUCGAGGAAACCGAGGACGUUCCUGUUUCUGUAAACGAUGAUGACGCCGGGGACGAUCUUUUUGGAGAAAUUGACAAAGCCAUUGCCUUGAAACGCCAAGAAUUUAUCAAGCAGGGGUUAAUUAAACCACGCCCGAAUAAGAAGCCCGAGCCCGAAAUUGAGAGUGUUGAUGAGUUGGAGCCUGAAGAGGUGGUUGAUUUGGAGGAAAUUAAAGAGCUUCAUGGGUUGACUCAGAUUUCAGAUGAUGAGGGUGAAGAGGGAAGUGAUGAAAAGUCCGACUUUGAGGUGAGUGAUGUUGAUUUUUCAAACUCGUUUGACAUUGAUUUUGAUGAGUUUGGAAAAACCAAGGCUAGGAUUGUUGAGCCCAAGUUCAAAAUGAGCUUAGCUGAGCUGUUAGAUGAAAGCAAAGUGGUUCCUAUAUCGGUUUAUGGAAACUUAGAGGUGGAAAUCAGUGGGAUUUCGCAUGAUUCUCGUGUUGUUGAGAGCGGCGAUUUGUUUGUGUGUUGUGUGGGGAGGAAUACUGAUGGGCAUUUGUAUUUAUCUGAGGCAGAUAAGAGAGGUGCUGUUGCGGUUGUGGCCAGUAAGGAGAUUGAUAUAGAGGCUACGUUGGGAUGCAAGGCCUUGGUCAUUGUAGAGGAUACAAAUAUGGUUCUGGCUGCAUUAGCAGCUUCCUUUUUUAGGCAUCCUUCUAGAAGCAUGUCGGUGAUUGGUAUCACAGGGACAAAUGGGAAGACGACAACUGCAUUUUUGAUAAAAGGGAUGUAUGAAGCGAUGGGUUUGAGGACUGGGAUGAUGAGUACCGUUGCAUAUUAUGUUCAUGGGGAUAACAACUUGGAAUCAACUAAGACAUCUCCAGAUGCAGUUUUGGUUCAAAAAUUGAUGGCGAAGAUGGUGCACAAUGGCACAGAGGCGUUGGUCAUGGAGGCUUCUUCUCAUGAGUUGGCAUUGGGAAGGUGUGAUGAGGUUGACUUUGAUAUUGCAGUUUUCACGAAUUUGACGAGGGAUCAUUUGGAUUUUCAUGGGACCGAGGAGGAGUAUCGGGAUGCAAAGGCUAAGCUUUUCUCAAGGAUGGUAGAUCCAGCACGGCAUCGCAAAAUUGUGAACAUUGAUGAUCCAAAUGCAGCGUUCUUUAUUGCACAGGGGAACCCCAAUGUACCUGUUGUUACCUUUGCAAUGGAGAACAAGAAUGCUGAUGUUCAUCCUUUGAGAUUUGAAUUAUCUCUGUUUGAGACUCAGGUUUUGGUCAACACGCCUCAAGGUAUACUGGAAAUUUCGUCAGGGCUACUUGGGAGGCAUAAUAUUUACAACAUUCUUGCAGCUGUUGCUGUUGGAAUUGCAGUUGGGGCACCUUUGGAGGACAUUGUUAGAGGAAUUGAAGAGGUCGAUGCAGUACCAGGCAGGUGUGAGUUGAUUGACGAGGAACAAGCUUUUGGAGUUAUUGUGGACUAUGCGCAUACGCCUGAUGGAUUAUCUAGACUCCUUGAUUAUGUGAGAGAACUUGCACCGAGGAGGAUUAUCAGUGUGUUUGGUUGUGUUGGUGAGAGUGAUAGAGGGAAGAGACCUAUGAUGACAAAGAUAGCAACAGAUAAGAGUGAUGUGACUAUCUUGACAUCAGACAAUCCGAAGAAUGAAGAUCCUUUGGACAUCUUGGAUGACAUGCUCGCUGGAGUAGGAUGGACGAUGCAAGAUUACUUGAAACAUGGAGAAAAUGAUUACUAUCCACCUCUUCCUAAUGGUCAUAGAUUAUUUCUUCAUGAUAUUAGACGGGUAGCUGUAAGAUGUGCUGUAGCCAUGGCCGAGGAGGGCGAUAUGGUUGUUGCCCGAGAGUCAUUAGCCUAUUACCAGCAACACAGAAAAUUAUCGAGACUAGGAAAGGAGGUGGCCAUCACGGCAGCAUCAAUUCAUUGUACUUCCAACAAGAGCAUCUGUGCCUGCACAAUCUCAUAUUGGAGAAGUCUGAGUACUCCAACUUAGAAGGGGCAUUUCUCACCUCAAGCUGUGAAUGAGUAUGUCAUAUACAACAUAACAACAACAUAUCUUCUUGAUACAAAUCCCGAGUUCAGUCUCAUUUUACGAAAUGGGAGUCAUCAUCAAGCCUAAAAUUUGCUCUUUUGACAUGGAAUGUAUAAAAUCUAGGCUUACUGCCGAGUACCUGUGCUUAUUUCUGUCUUUCUCUGCAGAAGGACGUCUUGCCGUUGCAUAAACCUAUUUCUGUCUUUCUCUGCAGAAGGACGUCUUGCCGUUGCAUAAACCUCUCCUCAUCCGCAGUCUGAGAAGCUACAAUUUUGUAAGAAAGUGUAUCAUGAAUUUAUGAUGUAAAUUGUUGUAGUGAGGAAUCUGUCUUUAUAUCCCAAUGAUGUGUUGAAGGGCCUGUAGAUCAGCAUUUUGAAUGUUGUAUCUGAGCAAGAUUAAAAUCAAGAAACUU